AGAUUACAUGAGGAGGAGGUUUGUUACAGUGUGUCACCCAAGUAGUAAGGAGAUUACAUGAGGAGGAGGUUUGUUACAGUGUAUCACCCCAGCAGUAAGGAGAUUACAUGAGGAGGAGGUUUGUUACAGUGUAUCACCCCAGUAGUAAGGAGAUUACAUGAGGAGGAGGUUUGUUGCAGUGUGUCACCCCAGUAGUAAGGAGAUUACAAGAGGAGGAGGUUUGUUACAGUAUGUCACCCCAGUAGUAAGGAGAUUACAUGAGGAGGUUUGUUACAUUGUAUCACCCCAGUAGUAAGGAGAUUACAUGAGGAGAAGGUUUGUUACAGUGUGUCACCCCAGUAGUAAGGAGAUUACAUGAGGAGGGGGUUUGUUACAGUGUGUCACCCCAGUAGUAAGGAGAUUACAUGAGGAGGAGGUUUGUCACAGUGUAUCACCCCAGUAGUAAGUAGAUUACAUGAGGAGGUUUGUUACAGUGUAUCACCCCAGUUCUAAGAAGAUUACAUGAGGAGAUAAUUGAGGAGAAGGCAGAUCCAGCACAGAUGCUGCUGCCGUACCUCAGAAGAAAAUUGAACUUGACAGGUACCAAAUAUGGAUGUGGAGAAGGAGGCUGUGGUUCCUGUACUGUGAUGGUAUCUCGAAUCCACCCUGUUUCCAAGAAAAUCAUACAUUAUUCAGCCAAUGCCUGUUUAUUGCCCAUCUGUGCUCUAUAUGGUGCAGCAGUCACCACAGCUGAAGGGAUUGGAAGCACGACCAACAGAUUACACCCAGUACAGGAAAGAAUAGCAAAAGCUCAUGGUUCUCAGUGUGGUUUCUGCAGUCCUGGAAUGGUGAUGUCCAUGUAUUCUUUGCUAAGAAAUCAUCCAGAACCAACAAUGGAACAGAUAUAUGAAGCUCUUGGAGGAAAUCUAUGCCGAUGUACAGGUUACAGAGCAAUACUUGAUGGAUGCAAGACGUUUUGUAAGGAACUAAACUGUUGUAAUGCUGAACAAAAAAGUGGUCAACCUGAGCAUGACCUAGAGAAUAAUAUAACUACAUCACUUUUCACCAAAGAAGAGUUUUUGCCAUUGGACACAUCACAGGAACUCAUAUUUCCUCCUGAACUCAUUCUGAUGACGCAAAAGCAGAGCUCCCGGUCAUUGGUCUUUCAAGGGGAGAAAGUGAAAUGGAUUACAGUAUUUCAUCUGGAAGAACUUUUAGAUUUAAAAGUUAGAUAUCCAGAGGCCCCUCUUUUGGUAGGAAAUACCACUAUAGGGCCCGAGAUAAAGUUCAAAGGAGUUUUUCACCCAGUUAUAAUUUCAAUUGAAAGGAUUCCAGAUCUAAAUAUUGUGAAACACGCUAAGGAUGGGAUAUCUAUAGGUGCUGCAUGUACUCUGUCCAUAUUGAAGGAUACUUUGGUGGAAGCGGUGUCCCAAUUCUCAGAGGAGAAGACUAAGAUUUUUCGUGUUCUUUUACAACAGCUAAAAACCCUGGCAGGACAACAGAUCAGAAAUGUGGCUUCAUUAGGUGGACACAUAAUCAGCAGGAACCCUAACUCUGAUCUGAACCCCAUACUAGCCUGUGGAAAUGUCACACUUAAUGUCCUAUCGAAAGGAAAAACUCGACAGAUCAUUUGCAAUGAUGACUUCUUCAAAUCCUCAUCCUGUCUCCUGUCAGAAGAAGUUCUUGUGUCUGUGUUUAUACCUUUUACUCAAAAGUGGGAGGUUGUGUCUGCCUUUAGACAGGCACAGAGAAAGGUUAAUUCUGUGGCUAUACUGGUGGCAGGAAUGAGAGUCCUAUUUCGAGAGCAUUCAGAUAUCAUUGAAGACAUGAAUAUCUACUUUAGUGGUGUUGGCACAAGCACAGUUCAAGCAAAUAAGGCAAGGGAAGCAGUCAUUGGAAGGAAAUGGAAUGAGGAGACAUUGGGUGAAGCAUGUAGAUUCGUUUUGGAUGAGAUUUCCCUUACACCCUCUGAUCCUGGUGGGAAGGUGGAAUACAGAAGAACCUUGACCGUCAGUUUUCUUUUUAAAUUCUACCUAGAAGUGUUACAAGUCCUGAAAUCAGAGUAUAGUUUGAAUGGGCACAUCUACCCUUCACAUAUAUCUCAAAGGAACAGUGUUAAAAGUAAUGUAGUCCAAAAUAUACCGGUAACACUAAAAAGUAUGCAGAAAUAUCAGGACAUUACAGCUCAUCAACCCAUUCAGGAUGCUGUUGGACGUCCUAUCAUGCACCAUACAGCCAUGAUGCAAGUGUCUGGUGAAGCAAUAUACUGUGAUGACAUGUCAGUCUUGGAGGGAGAGUUGUUUUUGGCUUUUCUUACUAGCUCAAGGGCUCAUGCAAAAAUCCUAUCUUUAGAUGUGACAGAAGCACUGAGCAUGCCAGGAGUACAUGAUGUUAUUACUGCCAAAGAUGUUCCUGGAACAAAUCAUUUUUCUUAUUAUGACUGGCCAGACCAGUUAAUGGCUGACAACAAGGUGCUAUGUGUUGGGCAAAUUAUCUGUGCUGUUGUGGCUGACAAACCAGAGUGCGCAAAACAAGCUUCCAAAAAGGUGAAAGUUGUCUAUGAAAAUAUAGAACCAGUGAUCCUCACUAUCGAGGAUGCAAUAAAACACAAUUCAUUUUUUGAACCGGAUAAGAAACUGAACCAUGGGGAUGUUGACAAGGCUUUCAUAGCAGCAGACCAUAUACUCGAAGGAGAAUUCCACAUUGGAGGACAGGAACAUUUUUACAUGGAGACCCAAAGCAUCCGUGUCAUCCCCAGCAAAGAAGGCCAGGAAAUAGAUAUCUAUGCAGCAACACAGGAUCCAACAUACAUGCAGGGUCUCGUAGCAUCAACUCUUGGCAUACCCUGCAACCGCAUCAAUUGUCACGUGAAAAGAAUUGGAGGGGCAUUUGGUGGCAAAAUUGUCAAGACAGCCAAUAUCGCAGCAAUUACCGCUGUGGCGGCUCAAAAAACAAAACAUCCAAUUCGCUGUGUUUUAGAGCGAGAUGAAGACAUGCUAAUAAAGGGUGGCAGACACCCCUAUCUUGGAAAAUACAAAGUAGGUUACAUGAAGGAUGGUAGAAUUGUAGCUGCGGAUAUCAAUUUAUACAGCAAUGGGGGACAUUCUGUGAUAGAAUCUGUGUUUAUUAUGGAGAUUUCAGUGCUGCAAACAGAUGCCGCUUACCACAUCCCUAAUCUAAGAUGUCGGGGAAGAGUUUGCAAAACAAAUCUUCCCUCCAACAUAUCAUUUCGGGGUUUUGGGUUUCCUCAGAGUUCACUGAUCACAGAAGUGUGGAUGGAUGAAGUAGCAGCUAAGUGUAACUUGCCUCCUCAUACGGUCCGAGAGAUCAACAUGUAUAGAAACAUCAUUAUGACCCCUUACAAGCAGGAGUUUGAUACAACUAAUCUGAGGAGAUGCUGGGAAGAUUGCAUGGAAAGCUCUGCAUACAAUGCCAGGAUGAAAGCGGUACAAGAGUUCAAUAAAGGGAACCAAUGGAGGAAAAGGGGCAUAGCACUUAUCCCCCUUAAAUACCCUGUCACCUUUAUUGUGGCUUUUCAGAAUCAAGCCGCUGCACUGGUUCACAUCUAUUGUGAUGGCUCAGUGCUAGUGUCGCAUGGUGGUACUGAAAUGGGACAAGGCAUUCAUACCAAAAUUAUUCAGAUUGCCAGCCGAGAGUUGGGUAUACCAAUGUCCUACAUUCACAUUUGUGAAACAAGCACUGGCUCAGUGCCCAAUACCAUUGCCACAGCUGCCACAGUUGGAACAGAUGUAAAUGGGAUGGCAGUGAAGAAUGCUUGUGAAAAACUUCGGAAACGUCUUGACCCUAUUGUCAGCAAUAAUCCAGAGGGCACUUGGGAGAGCUGGGUACAAGAAGCUUUUUAUCAAAGAAUAAGCCUUUCAGCCACUGGAUUUUUCAGACAGAGAGAGAAGAAAAAAAAAAGCUGUGACAUCUUGUCCACAACAGACUCAGAACUGUGGACAACAGUAAAAGAAAACCCUCUGAACUACAGAACUUCCUGCCCAACAAACGGAGGUUACGACACCUACAUGGACUGGGAGAAAGGAGAAGGCCAUCCAUUCCAAUACUGUGUUUAUGGGGCUGCCUGUUCAGAGGUGGAAGUUGACUGUCUAACUGGAGAUUAUAAAAACAUCAGGGCAGACAUCAUCAUGGAUACUGGUUGUAGCAUUAACCCAGCUGUGGAUGUGGGACAGAUUGAAGGUGCUUUUGUCCAAGGUAUUGGGCUUUAUACCACAGAAGAGCUAAAAUAUUCUCCAGAGGGUGAAUUGCUAACAAAGGGGCCAGGAGAAUACAAGAUCCCAUCUGUUUAUGAUAUUCCAACAGAGUUCAAUGUAUCACUACUUCCUUCUUCACAAAACCCUUAUGCUAUUUAUUCAUCCAAGGGUAUUGGUGAGCCAGCCGUCUUCCUGGGAUCGGUUGUAUAUUUUGCUAUAAAGGAUGCUCUGUUAUCUGCUCGAAAGGAAAGAGGCUUGUCUAAUACUUUUAUACUGAACAGUCCUGCAACCCCAGAGAAGAUACGUAUUGCAUGUGAAGACAAAUUAACUGAGAUGAUUGAAAAAGAUGACCCUGCAUCUUUCAUCCCCUGGUCCAUUGAUGUGUGACAUAGAUUGUGCCCAGUACUUGACUGAAGUAAUAGCCUGGUGACUGAAAGGGAGCACGAAAUCCAUUCCUGGAAAAAAAUAAUUAUAAAUUUACAAAUAACCAUUUAAUGAUGUUUCUAUGAUUUAGAAUGUUUUUUUUCCUAUGGUAUUGAAUAUUGCAUGCUGAACUGAUAAUGUGUCCGAAUAUUCAAUGAAUUAAUGAUGGUGAAAAUACAAGUAACA